ACAGAGUCGGUCUGUGGAGCUAACCUCACAGAGAGGAUCGGAGCCCGAGUGUUGUUUUGAAUUUGCUGGAAGACACCGAUUUGGAGAGGGGUAGUGCCUGUGAAUAAGAUGGCGGAUGUAGGAGGCGAUGAAACUCGGCCCGUUCUCCCUUCGGCAUCCCGUAACGGUCCGGUUGUCGGUUCGUCGGCUGGCACCGCGGGCCACGGCGCAGCAAUGGUCACAUCGGGACCGCGGAUGGUCAGGAUCGUCAAGUCGGAGUCCGGCUACGGGUUUAAUGUCCGCGGUCAAGUGAGCGAAGGAGGACAGCUUCGGAGCAUCAACGGGGAGCUGUACGCCCCUCUUCAGCAUGUCAGCGCUGUUUUACCCGGAGGUGCUGCGGACCGAGCCGGGAUAGUGAAGGGUGACAGGAUCCUGGAGGUUAAUGGCGUGAACGUGGAAGGUGCAACUCAUAAGCAGGUGGUGGACCUGAUCCGUGCUGGGGAGAAGGAGCUGGUUCUGGCUGUGCUGUCUGUUCCACCUCAGGAGGCUGACGGUUUGGAAGGAGGAGAGGAAGUCCAGCCCAACUACGACUACAGUGACAAGCAGGCCGUGCCCAUUUCUAUUCCCACAUACAAGCACGUAGAACAGCACUCCGAGAGGUUUGUGGUAUACAAUGUGUAUAUGUCAGGGAGGCAGCUGUGUUCAAAACGCUAUCGUGAGUUUGCCAUCCUGCACCAGAACCUGAAAAGGGAAUUCUCCAACUUCAACUUCCCAAAGAUUCCUGGUAAAUGGCCCUUCUCCCUAUCGGAACAGCAGCUGGAUGCACGACGUAGAGGCUUGGAGGAAUAUCUCGAGCGAGUGUGCUCUGUGCGGGUGAUUGGGGAGAGUGACAUCAUGCAGGAGUUUCUCUCAGAAUCAGAUGAGAACUACAACGGCGUGUCAGAUGUAGAACUGCGGAUAGCCCUACCAGACAAGACCACCAUCUCCGUCAGAGUCCGUAAGAACAGUACCACAGACCAGGUGUAUCAGGCAUUAGUGAUGAAGGUUGGGAUGGACAGUAUUAUGGCGAGCUACUUUGCUCUGUUUGAAGUUAUCAACAACUCCUUUGUGCGGAAGCUGGCGCCUAACGAGUUUCCCCACAAGCUAUAUGUGCAGAACUACACGUCGGCCGUCCCGGGGACCUGCUUAGCACUCCGCAAAUGGUUGUUCAGCUUCCAGGAGGAGGAGUUGCUCAGAGACAAUCCGCUGGCACUGCACUACUGCUUUCACCAGGCACUGGAUGAUGUGAAGAAGGGAUUCAUAAAAACAGAGGACAAAUCCUACCAGCUGCAGAAACUGGCAGAGCAGCGCAAGAUGGCCACGUACCUGAGUCUAUUGCGGACAUGCGAGGGCUACAACGAGGUGGUCUUCCCCCACUGCUCUUGUGACUCCAGAAGGAAGGGCCACGUCAUCACAGCGAUCAGCAUCAAUCACUUCAAGUUGCAUGCUUGCACUGAGGACGGCACGCUGGAGAACCAGGUAAUAGCUUUUGAGUGGGGGGAGAUGCAGCGCUGGGACACGGACGAGGAGGGGAUGGCUUUCUGCUUUGAGUAUGCCAGAGGAGAAAAGAAACCUCGCUGGGUCAAGAUCUUCACUCCGUAUUUCAACUACAUGCACGAGUGCUUUGAGCGGAUCUUUUGUGAGCUGAAGUGGAGGAAACAGGUUGAGGAAGAAGCGUCUGAUAAAGACAACAAAAACUGCAGCAACAACGAGUUUCUGCCUCCUCUGGAGACGCAGCAGAAGGGAUGGCGCCACCUAGGGGGAGAGAUUGCAACUUCCUAAAGCCGUCAAUUGUCAUCACUUGAACUAAAACUGGUCCACUUGCAUCAUCACAGCCACCCCAGAGAGAGCCCAUCGACAAACACAGUACUGAGUGACAGACUCGAGGCGAACCCUGCCCCAAAAACAAACUGGAAGUGACCGACUUGGGAAAUUGGAUUAUUAACACUUGCCGAACCCAGGGACACACACACAUGUAGACACACACAUGAAAACAGUAGGAAGAGCAUCGAAAGAAGAUAAACAAGAGCCAACUUUCACGUCACUUAUUAGAUCCUCCAUAGUGUAACUGUUGUUUUCCUCCAUGCAUCUGCCCCAUGAUGUGAGGCAAGACAUGAGAGAAUUCUCACCACAGCGUGUGAUUGGUCAGGGUCACCACAGCGCGAAGGGAGCGCCGCAGUGAAACGCCGCUUGUCGAGAGAGCUGACAGUCCAGAAUUGAGGUUGCGACGUUCGGUUUUUCCAACAGGACCCAUCCAGAUCCCGCGGCGGUGACCUUGUCUGCUGAACUGAGCUGAGCUGAAAAUAAUAAUGGAGGGAAACAGAAAAAAGUUCGGUGGUUCUUUCACGGUUGUGAUAAAGGACGAAAGUAAAAUCAUCCUUUACGCCGAUGCUGGACAUUAACACAGAAGUUGUGUUUUAUGUCUCUGGAGUCCUCUGUUUCAUCAGAAAUCAUAAACGGCACAAAUGUAACUACAUGAAACAGAUGUUGAGAGAAUGUGUUUGUAAUUAUUUGUAUGUUUAACAAUCUUACUUCUGAUAAAAUAUAGAUUAAUAUAAGAGCUGUAAUAACUGGUUUCUUGAGAUAACACAGUGAAACACUAACUGAAUUUCAUUCGAGAUGCUAUAACUAAUUUCCAUUUUUCACCUUGACUACAGAGCAACAUCUGUUGGCAGUCAGCCCGUUAAUGUUAGUAUGGCUACCCCCACCUCCAGUGUGUGUUUUGUUGUGGUGAAUUUUGCAGGGCUUGGAAGCUGAGGAGAGGAGGCGUUCUCAUUUUUAGCUCUGUGCAGGAGUAAUUUCUGGAACAAAAGGUUGACGGGCCAAAGCGUUUGUUUGGUUUCUUUUUUAAAUUUCACACCUUAUAUGUGGGCUGUCUUGUCGACAGAUUGUCAAGGCGAACAGGGAGUUUUGAUUGUAAUGCCUGCAGUUACCUGAGCAGGCAGCAGGGAGCAGCAGAGCAUACGUAUGAGGAGUCUUCUCAGACUUUCCUAAAGACUGAUGCCUCUGGCUCUGUAACUCACCCAAAAGUAUCACUCCACUGCAAUUUGUCCAUUAUCCAAGAGUCAGGAGGAUAGAUGGGGUGUGUACACGUGUGCUGCAGAAAGUAGAUGGUGCAUAAGGUUGUGUGAGCCAUCAGCAUACAUAGCAGUGCAGUCAUCUGUCCCCCUCCUGCUGCACCUAAAUGAAUACAGUAUUAGUUGUGUAUGUGUUAAUGUAAUAUAAUAUAAUUUCGUGAUUAUUUUACAGUUCAGGUUUACUUGUGUUUCUCUUUAUCUCUCUCAAAGUCGGAUUUUACUCUUCUCUCACCUGAAAUAUGUAGAAAGCAGAUUUACAUGUUGACAAGAAAGAAAAAUCACAGAUUCUUUCCAUACAUGUAUUGAUUUAAGUUUUGUUUAAUCUUACCAAGGGCUACUAGUUUAUCUUGGCAUUGGGUGGGGGAAAAAAAAGCCAAAAAAACCCUGAAACUGACACUAAUUUUUGGAGCGCGGGUCCAAGUUUUCCUUUACGCUGAAGUUGAAAUUAGUUGAAGCAGUUCAAAUUAGGUUUCGGCUAUAUAAUUGUUCAUUUUAGGCCUAGGUUUUAGCCGUAUAUUUGUUCUCAGUCGGUUACCUUGGGGCAUGUUUGUGUGCUGUGCCAGAGUGUGUCCUCUGUGUUUAUCAUUGACAUUGCUGAUAAGCUUUUAGGCUCUGAUUGGCCGCGUCUGAUGAGCUGCCGGUGUCAGAGCCAGCAAAU